AUGAAGAUGACAGUGAUGAAGAUGACGAGGAACUCAUCCCGAUACUUCCAUCACCCGCCCCUCAUCCCGCCCCGCUCGGCCCUGGCUCCGCCCGGCUCCCCGGGCCGCGGCUGCGCGGAGGGCGGUGUGAGCGGGGAGCGCGUCCCGUGCCGAGCCGACAGCCGCCCCAUGGCCGUGCCGCCAUGCUGCCCAACACUGGCCUACACAAUUUGUAAAUAUGGCAUGUCCAUGUGUGUCUUGGGAAUGGCAGAAGAAUUUAAAGGAGAAGUUGCUGUCAAUGCUUUAUGGCCUAAAACAGGUGCUUCACAGGCAUCAGGUGGAGCCAAGCUUAAUAAAGAAUCAGCUUCAGCGGGGCCUGUUGCAGAAACAUUCAGAGUUAUUCAGGGAGAACUCAAUAAAGAAAUAGUGAAAUCCACGCAGGGCGUCUUUCAGUUUGAAUUGUCAGGUGAUGAAGGAGGCACUUGGUACCUUGACCUGAAAACCAGCAGUGGGAGUGCUGGGUUUGGGAAGCCUCCUGCAGCAGCUGAUGUUGUGAUGAGCAUGUCGAGUGGCGACUUUGUGAAGAUGUUCACUGGUAAACUAAAGCCAAUGGCCUUCAUGUCAGGAAAAUUAAGGAUUAAAGGUAACAUGGCACUAGCAUUGAAGCUAGAGAAGAUGCUGACACAGUUUAAUGCUAAACUGUGAGGGAGAAGCUGUACCAGCAGAACAUCCAGCCUUUCUUUUAUAAUAGCAAUGCUACAUUUUAAAACGAUAAUCUACUUUUUUCUCUUUUUUUGUGUGUAUAACAACUGUGGAUAAAAUGCUGAUCUGUUAGAGAAGAUCUAAUUUAGUUUUAUUAAGACUGAAAGGUGUUUGUGAUUAAACAAUUCCUUCUUGAGAAUA